AUGGAAUCAAAAGUGGUAUUGGGGAAUUCUCUGCUUGUGCCUUGUGUACAAGAGUUGGCUAAAGAGACCAUGACCACCCUCCCACCAAGGUACCUACGCCCUGACCUUGAACAGACGACCGUUCCCGCCGAUGGUUUGGAGAUACCGGUUAUCGACAUGAAGAGCCUGCUUUGUGAUGAAUCCAUGGAUUCCGAAUUAGCCAAGCUCGACUAUGCUUGCAAAGAAUGGGGGUUCUUCCAGUUGGUAAAUCAUGGAGUGAGCUCUUCUCUGAUGGAGAAAACAAAGACUGAGAUUCAAGACUUCUUCAACCUCCCAAUGGAAGAGAAGCAAAAGUUUUGGCAGUACCAAGGAGAAGUAGAAGGAUUUGGGCAAUCCUUUGUUGUAUCUGAGGAGCAAAAGCUGGAUUGGGGUGACCUCUUCUUCAUGACCAGCCUCCCUCCCCAUUUCAGAAAACCCCAUUUAUUCCCCAACCUCCCUCUUCCUUUGAGAGAUACGUUGGAUUCUUAUUCAUUGGAGUUGAAAACUCUCUCCAUGACUCUACUGACGAACAUGGCAAAAGCACUUGAUAUGAGAGUUGAAGAAAUGAAUGAGAUGUUUGAAGGAGGAAUGCAAUCAUUUAGGAUGAACUAUUACCCUCCAUGUCCUCAACCAGAGCAGGCCAUCGGCCUUAGACCCCAUUCUGAUGCUGUUGGUCUAACCAUCUUGCUUCAGCUCAAUCAAGUAGAGGGUCUCCAGAUAAAGAAAGAUGGCAAGUGGACUCCUGUUAAGCCCCUACCAGAUGCCUUCAUUGUCAAUGUCGGUGACAUUUUAGAGAUGGUAACAAAUGGGGCGUAUCGUAGCAUCGAGCAUCGUGCAACAGUGAAUUGUGAAAGAGAGAGACUCUCUAUUGCUACAUUUUGGAGCCCAAGAUAUGAUGGUGAAGUAGGUCCAGCACCAAGCCUGAUUUCACCAGAGAAACCAGUAUUGUUUAAAAAACUAAGGGUUGAAGAAUACUUCAAGGGCUUGUUUGCUCGUGAGCUCCAAGGGAAAUCUUACCUUGAUACCAUGAGAAUAUAGCACGGUUAAUUAAGGCCACAAACAAUUGGCUCAAUUGUCCGGCCAUAGUUGGACUUGUACUUAAUAGCAAUUGAAUAAUUGCAUGGAGUUUCUUUCAUGAUAAACAUUAAUAACAAUUGAAUACUUCAACGGCUUACAAAUAACAUAAAUAUGAAUAUUAACGUUUUUUCACAUAUUUAUGUGAGUGAACAGUUUAACAUUUUCCAUGCAA